UACUGCUCCCUGGUUGGCUUGGAUAAUGAAGACCUAGACAUCUAGGCUGUUGGUAGACUAUCCCAGCGCUUUAGAACUCAGUCCAAGAUAUUAUGGUCCAUUCCACCUGCAGACAAAGAGACUACAACUUCCAGCAUGCCUAUCGAGCCAGUCGCUCCAGAGCCUGGGAAGAAGUGGGCCUAGGGUGGAGUCAAUGCAGUGAAGUCAUAAAGCCCGGGGGAGGAGGAGGGGAUGGUAGAAGGGAGGGGAAAGUAGUAGGAGGAAUAGGGGCGAGGGAAGGUAGUUGGUGCUGAUGCAGGAUGGCAGCGCCCGUUGGAACCUCUGCGAUCUGAGAGGAGCAGAGAGCCUGGGUCUCCUUUGGAGACGUCCCCUCCCUCAGUUGCAGUAGCCUCCCCAGGCCUGCAGUACCAGAGAGGGAGGGAGAAGAGACUGGGGGAAAAGAGACAAAUUUGAAGCUUGGCUCAGGUGUAAGGGCGAGAAAGGGUUGAAUGCUUUGGAUUUGUCCUGUUCCAUACCUCGGGAGCUGCCAAGCCUGAAGAGUUCGCAAUGACCUGCUAAAAAGUACGUGUGCUGGACCCCGUCGGGCCGCACUGGGACGUGGCUCAACUGCUGGCCGGGCAUUUCCCACCCCUUGAUCCAGUGGCCCUCCUGUCCCCCCAUUCCCACCCCACCCCACCCCAUCCCCCCAGCCAGCCCUUGCCCUCGCCCAUAGCCGGCUGAGAUGGCGGACCCCUCUGAAUGCAGUAUCAAAGUGAUGUGCCGGUUUCGGCCUCUGAAUGAAGCGGAGAUCCUCAGAGGCGACAAAUUCAUCCCCAAAUUUAAAGGAGAAGAGACGGUGGUCAUAGGGCAAGGCAAACCCUAUGUCUUUGACAGAGUAUUACCACCCAACACAAGCCAAGAACAGGUUUACAAUGCUUGUGCUAAGCAAAUCGUUAAAGAUGUACUGGAAGGUUACAAUGGGACUAUUUUUGCCUAUGGACAGACCUCUUCAGGAAAAACCCAUACUAUGGAGGGGAAACUGCAUGACCAUCAACUCAUGGGAAUCAUCCCAAGAAUUGCACAUGAUAUCUUUGAUCACAUUUACUCUAUGGAUGAAAACCUGGAGUUUCACAUUAAGGUUUCCUAUUUUGAGAUCUACUUGGACAAAAUAAGAGACUUACUUGAUGUAUCCAAGACAAACCUGGCUGUACAUGAAGAUAAAAACAGAGUCCCAUAUGUAAAGGGGUGCACAGAACGAUUUGUCUCAAGCCCUGAAGAAGUCAUGGAUGUCAUCGAUGAAGGAAAAGCCAAUCGCCAUGUGGCUGUGACGAACAUGAAUGAGCAUAGCUCUAGGAGUCACAGCAUCUUCCUGAUCAAUAUUAAACAGGAGAAUGUAGAGACUGAAAAAAAACUCAGUGGAAAGCUUUAUCUGGUUGACUUGGCCGGAAGUGAAAAGGUCAGCAAAACUGGAGCAGAGGGAGCAGUUCUUGAUGAAGCUAAAAAUAUCAAUAAGUCUUUGUCUGCUCUGGGCAACGUGAUCUCUGCCUUGGCAGAGGGAACAAAAACUCAUGUACCAUACCGAGAUAGUAAAAUGACUCGGAUCCUUCAGGACUCUCUUGGAGGGAAUUGCAGAACCACCAUCGUUAUUUGCUGUUCUCCUUCUAUUUUCAAUGAAGCUGAAACAAAGUCCACACUUAUGUUUGGACAAAGAGCUAAGACCAUCAAGAAUACAGUCUCUGUGAACCUAGAACUAACUGCUGAAGAAUGGAAGAAGAAAUAUGAGAAAGAAAAAGACAAAAACAAGAGCUUGAAGAAUGUUAUCCAGCAUCUGGAAAUGGAACUGAACAGAUGGAGAAAUGGGGAAGCUGUACCUGAAGAUGAACAGAUCAGUGGUAAGGACCAGAAGAAUCUGGAGCCCUGUGACAAUACACCCAUCAUAGAUAACAUGACACCUGUUGUCUCUAGCAUCUCAACAGAGGAAAAACAGAAGUAUGAUGAGGAGAUAACCUGCUUGUACAGACAAUUGGAUGAUAAGGAUGAUGAAAUUAAUCAACAGAGCCAGCUGGCCGAAAAAUUAAAGCAACAGAUGUUGGAUCAGGAUGAGCUUUUAGCUUCCACAAGAAGAGACUAUGAGAAGAUCCAGGAGGAGCUAACUCGUCUCCAGAUAGAGAAUGAGGCUGCCAAGGAUGAGGUGAAAGAGGUUCUUCAGGCUCUGGAGGAGCUAGCUGUCAAUUAUGACCAGAAGUCUCAGGAAGUGGAGGACAAGACCCGAGCCAACGAGCAGUUGACCGAUGAACUUGCCCAGAAAAUGACCACAUUGACAGCUACACAGAGAGAGCUGAAUCAGUUGCAGGAGCUGAGUAACCACCAGAAAAAACGAGCCACAGAGAUCCUGAAUUUGCUGCUGAAGGAUUUGGGGGAGAUUGGUGGAAUCAUUGGUACCAACGAUGUGAAGACAUUAGCAGAUGUGAAUGGAGUGAUUGAAGAGGAGUUUACCAUGGCCCGGUUGUACAUCAGUAAAAUGAAGUCUGAGGUGAAAUCUCUAGUGAACCGAAGUAAACAGCUGGAAAGUGCACAAAUUGAUUCCAACCGGAAGAUGAAUGCCAGCGAGCGGGAGCUUGCAGCCUGCCAGCUGCUAAUCUCACAGCAUGAAGCAAAAAUCAAGUCUCUGACCGAUUACAUGCAAAAUAUGGAGCAAAAGAGGAGACAGUUGGAAGAGUCCCAGGAUUCACUCAGUGAAGAGCUGGCUAAACUCCGUGCCCAAGAAAAAAUGCAUGAAGUCAGCUUCCAGGAUAAAGAAAAGGAACACUUGACCCGGCUGCAAGAUGCUGAGGAAAUGAAGAAAGCAUUGGAGCAACAGAUGGAGAGCCACAGGGAAGCCCACCAGAAGCAGCUGUCCAGGCUUCGAGAUGAGAUUGAAGAGAAGCAGAAAAUCAUUGAUGAGAUUCGAGAUUUGAAUCAGAAGCUUCAGCUGGAACAAGAGAAACUGAGUUGUGAUUAUGAUAAACUGAAAAUAGAGGACCAGGAGAGAGAGAUGAAAUUGGAAAAACUAAUAUUACUCAAUGAUAAAAGGGAACAAGCAAGAGAAGACCUUAAAGGAUUAGAAGAAACUGUGUCUAGAGAACUUCAGACUCUUCACAACCUUCGUAAGCUCUUUGUCCAGGAUCUCACCACCAGAGUUAAAAAAAGCGUUGAAUUGGACAGUGAUGAUGGAGGAGGAAGUGCUGCCCAGAAGCAGAAAAUUUCCUUUCUUGAAAACAACUUGGAACAACUUACUAAGGUUCAUAAACAGCUGGUUCGUGAUAAUGCAGAUCUGCGCUGUGAGCUUCCUAAGCUGGAGAAAAGACUUCGGGCUACGGCGGAGAGAGUCAAGGCACUGGAGAGUGCAUUGAAGGAAGCCAAGGAGAACGCCAUGCGUGAUCGCAAGCGGUACCAACAGGAGGUUGAUCGCAUAAAAGAGGCUGUAAGAGCUAAGAACAUGGCAAGGAGGGCACAUUCUGCCCAGAUUGCCAAGCCAAUCCGUCCAGGCCAUUACCCUGCAUCCUCUCCAACAGCUGUACAUGCCAUCCGAGGAGGAGGGUCAUCAAACUCUGCCUACUACCAGAAAUAAACAAAAAAUGCGACUCCACUUAGCAUGUCAAAGACUGCAUUUCUUCACCAAUUCCUUUUUUUCUCCUACAUGAUCUCCAUUUUAUUUUAUACACGCUUACUCCAGCCAUCUGCGGUACAUCAAUUUCAGGUAUUUUGAACUGUGUAGAAUCUCCACGUGUACAGAAGUGUGUUUGGACUCACCCUUCCCUCAGAAACCUGAACAAUGUAUUUACCAUCUCCAUCUAGACGACAGCAGAAGGUUCACCACUUAGAAUCUCUACCACUGACUCUUGGCGCUGGCUACUUUAUUUAUGGGCUUCUUCACUGGCACCAAGCCUUUCAGCAGUCCACUCAUGCCUGUAAAUCCCACUUCUCUGUAUCUGCAAUAGCCAACCGCCAAAUAAGGCAGGUGACUGUGUUCCAUCAUGACUGUCUGGUUUCCUGUAUAAUAAACAUAUUACUUUAUAUUUUUAGGGGAUGAAAAAAUGUGCUGCUAUAUGGUUUAAAAUUUUAAUCCUGAACACUUUUCAGAAAUGAAUUUCCCCAAAGAGGCAUUUUUAAUAUCCUGGUGAAAUCUUUGGAUCUGUAUAAUAAACCCUUUAAUAUGGUACUUGUUAAAAGAUGAAACCAAUUUAUUCAAAAUCCAGAAAAAAAAAGCCAUCUGUUAGUAGAGAUGUAGAUUUUGGUCACACAAACACAUUUAUGUAAAUGGAAGGUCAUAGCAUUCAUGUCUGAUCUGCUUGCAAUUGAAUCUGAAGUGAUUGGCCCCUAUUGUGAUGGCCAGCCUGGUUCACCUUUCACUCCAUUAGAAGUAUUUAAAAUGCUAUAAAAUCUGACCGGUGGAAAUGGAGAAUUUUGUCUCCUAGCCUUUCCCUAUGCUCGAAUCUACUAGAAAGUAGAAUUAAAAGAUACCCACUUUCUUUUAAGGAAGAUUUGAGGAGAUAAUCUUGAAUAAAUCCAGGAAUGUCCCAGCUGUUGGAAAAGGAAAUUUAGAGGCUGAAAAUUUUUCUACCUGACAGUAAAUAUGUAGUUCUGUAUAGGAAUUCUGUUGUUUUAAUUCAUUUAGUCCAUGAUUCUUUUUGUUGGUAUUCUUUUUUGGCACCAGAUAGAUAUGACAGCCCCAUCUUAAUGGUGAAAAGUGGAAGAAAUUGGGAUAAAUGGGAUUUAGAACAGGCAAAGUUAAUAAGUACUUGAAUACCACCUUGGCUUCAGACUCAUAAAUCCUUAAUUUCAGACGUGCAGAUUAAGAUGUGACUUGUCCAAGCAGUCAAAGUUUCAUUAAUCUGUUCUGCUCUCCCUGCCACCCCCUGCAGACACACAUAUUAAUCUUGCUUGCUGCAAUUUUCUGUGACAACUCUGCUAUUUAAACCAACAAUUAGUUGCUGAAUUUUGUAGGUGAUCUAUUUGGGGACAUUUCUGUGCCAGGCAAUGAUGGCUCAGGAUGGACUUGGAACAAAGUAUCAUGCCUAUGUUAUCAGGCACAAGCUUUGUGAAUCAGUGAAUCCGAAUAUGGGUACCAGUAGGCUGAAGGUGAUGCCCACAAUGCUGUUGUGUGUAGGCAAGUGGCUAAGAAUAGCUAAAUAUGCAUUUCUACAUAGUCUACCUGUAGGUACAUGUGCUUACCCAUCUAAAAACCAAGCUGAAGGAUUGUUGAUUGGCUUCCAACCUUGGAUUUCCAACAAACAAACAACUAUUUAGCCCUCCAUCUAACCUAGCUUUUUUUUCCUUAAAAGAUUGUCGAGACUAGUAACUUUUCUAGCAGAACAUCCUUGACUUAUUUAUUGGUUAAAUGUUGCACUGGUUUGUUUGACAUUUUUUUUUUGGAUGGGGAUGAGGGGAGUGAGAGGAAAGAGUGAGUGGGAGCUAGGUAGUUCUAUUAUUUAUUUAAUAUAAUGUAUCAUUUUGCAUUGGUUCAUGUUUUCCCCAUUCUGUUCUUGAAGGUAUGCACUGCCAGAAAAAGAAGCUGUCAGACUGACAUUUUCAGUCUGCUAAAAAGCCAACCUAGGGUAAACUAGGCUGCCUUAUCAGUUAGUUACACACAGCUGAAAUGUGUAUUAUCAAUAAGGUAGUACCAGAUUACCUCUGAUCUCCCUCCCCCCCAAGAAAAAACAAAAACCAAACCUUCAGUCCUGGAGAGGGAAUGCCAAUGAAUGAAUUGCCAUAAUAUCAUUGUACAUGACGUGUUGUAUUAUUUUUGUACAUUCAUUUUGAGUAAAUGAGCAGAGGUCAGGAAUUCAGGGUCUCGUUUGUUUCUUAGUAUACAUUAUAAAUCCAUUUUUUAAUUUGAAAAAAAGGCAGGCCUAGGGAAGUGAUUAAUCCAUUUCCAUUUAAUAAGAUAUUUCUUUUUAUUAAUGCAAAUUGAUGCCAUGGUUGCUUUUGAUAAAGGGACACACAAAGUUGUUCUAUUCACAAGAAAAGUUGGUUUUGACAUCUCUUAAAGAUAAUUCUGCUAGCUGCUGAUCAGCCAGUCAGUUCAUCUAGCUUACAUUUUUAUGGGACCUCCAAACUAACUUUUACAUUGUGACAAUAAGAUAACUUUGUGCUUCUGGAAUGCUUAAAGGGGGGCAAUUUAAUUAUAUAUUUAAACCUAGGCCCUAUAUGUUAAAUUUAAAUGUAUGUAAUAAUUCACUUUUCUUAGUAGCAAAUGCUCUGCAAGUUUGGUUUCCUUCUUUUUGAAGGAAGCAUCUUAAUUUUAAAUUUCAGAGUUUGCUUGAAUUUUUUGGUAUUUUGCUGCUUUAAAUUUGUACCCAAAUAUAAAACACCUCUCUGCUCUUUGAAUCUUACUUUUACAUUUUGAGGUUUUAUAGCAUUUCAUGUUACCUCCUCUUCUUUUCUCCAAAUAAUUUUGUAAUUCGUACCAUUUCUGGAAAGUUCUUUGGUGUUGUAAGGGGAUAGCCAGGUCGUUUAAAUAAAUAUAUCUACUUUCCAAUGAAAAACUGUAAACACAGGAUAAGAAAAGUGUAGUUAUAGACUUCAAGAUUCAUGGUUGGGGGGAAAAAUCUUGCUAAUGCCAAAUGUGUUUAGCUGCUCAGUCACUGAAGAAUUCUGUACAAAUGUAUUUCUUCAAAUUACUAUUUAUUGUUUUAGUUUGUCGAAUGAAGGAAUGUUUAGUAGCCUAAGAAAAAAGGACAAUGAAAGCUUUCUAAAGGUAAAUAUAUACUAAAUUGGGUAUGUGGGGUGUGUGUGUGUGUGUGUGUGUGUGUGUGUGUGUGUGUGUGUGUGUUUUGAGGGGGAUCCAUUAGAAUUCAUGGAAAUUGGGGGGGGGGAACAAGUGAAGAGAUGAAGUCUACCUAGAAUAGAUUCAAAUGACCAUUGGGCUUUCCUCUCUUUAAAACCUAAAGAUCACUGAAUGUAGUCUCUAUUCAAGGAUAGGAUACAAAAGGAUAGUAUGGAGAUGAGGGUAUAAGUCUUCUUUCCUACUGUAAGAAAAGUGAGAACAAAUGAAAACUCAGAUUGCCAUCUUUGGAUUCUAGUUGUGUGAAGAGAAUAGUAGCUAUUCAAGAUUCUACGUUCAUAGCAUUUGGGAAAACUAUUUCAUAGAUGGGGAGGAAAACAAGGAUUACCUUUUAUAUUCUUAAUCUGGGUAUUUCAAUCAUCCUACAAGAGUCUUCUUAAUCUCCAAUUACUCGAUGUAAUGUUAACAAUUUGAAUUUUUAAAAUGUUUUGGAGAGGGGCCAGUUCAUAUGCCACACUCUGUGAAGUUUCUCUCUGACUCAUUAAAAAAUUGUGUAUCAAUUUUAAAUACUUUCCAAUGUGAGCAGAUAUAGGGGAAAAUGUGGCAUUCUGUAGAAUUAUACAUGUCUAGUUUGUAAAGUGUGUAAUGUGUACUGCAGAUGUGUAUUCUCUGGGCUCUAUGUAUCUGUACAAUAGGUUUCAUUUUAGGAAAAAAAACUGUGGACAGACUUUUUUUGGUGGUACAAGGGGGAAAAUGAUCAUUUGCAUCAAGUAAUGAUGCUCUAAUGUAUUAAACCUAACAAAAGAUCAGAAAAUAACCCUUCCCUGCCCCAUGGAUGAGUUUUGUUUAUCUUUUAGGUCCUAAGAUGCUAUUCAAGAUGUAUGGAUACACUGGCAGACUGCAUGAUGUAUAAUUUGAAAAAUGUUAAAAGUGGAAAAUAAAAUUGAAUUAAACUUUA